AUGUCGCUCUCAAAAACAGAGUCCGACGUCAUCCUCAACCGGGCAAAUGUGGCUCUCGCCCGGAGCCAACGUCUCGUCGCAUCUUGGCUUCCCACGCAAACAGAAGAAGAAUUAGCCAACGUCAAAUCAGAGGAGGAACUACAGCGCGAGGAAGAUGAGAUCUUCACUGCCGUCCCAGAGACUCUCGGAGUCGGCGCCCCACUCCCCGAAAAAGCAGCAGACGGAAGCUGGAAUCGCACAGAGCUAAGCUCAAACGAUAAACUACGGAAACAAUUACUCGGCAAGAAUUAUGAUCGGUUUAUGAAGGCCGAAGCUGAGAGGAAAGCUGCGGCGAAAGCUAGUACUACGGCGGCGCAGGCGGCCAAGACGGCUACCGCUGCGGCUAAUAAGCAGGAUGAGGAGAGUGAUGAUGAUGAAGAGGGACGGUUUGCUUCGAUUGGCAGAAAUAAGAGGAAAGCUGCGCCGUUAAAGGCGAAGGCUAAGGUUGUGGGGGAGGAUAAGGAUUCUCAGGAGGAUGGACAAGAGCCCUCUGCGAAAGAGGUUCCUGUGCGACAGGCGCCUUUGAAAGGGAAGAAGAAGGCCACGAGCUAUCUUGAUGAACUUCUGGCUGAAAGAGCCAAGAAGAGAAAGAAGAGAUGA